AUGGAUUUCUCGGCCUCCUACGGCUCUCUCAAGGAGGCAGAAGCCGGCCUGAAGGCGCAGGCCCACGCCUUGGGCUUUGAUCUAGCCGUCAAAGAGCGAUUCCCUCGCGGCGCUGCGGCCGAGGAGGUGACCCGGGUCAACUACCGGUGCGCCAAAGGCCGGUCGCACGCACCAAAGAACGACGAAGUUAUUCACACCACCAAGAGACGCAAAACGAGCUCCCAGAUGACGGCUUGCGGUUACAAGAUCAACCUCAAGCUUACAGACUGGCGAGCAGGUACGCGGCCAUCGCAGAUCAUGGCCAAUUUGCGCGAGGCCGGAGACGCCGUGGAGUUCAGCUACCAGGACCUCGCCAACCUGUUGCAUGCAUGCCGCCGGGAAGAGCUCAAUGGUCGUACGCCGAUCCAGUGGCUCUACGAGCAACUCGAUGACGAGACCGAGUACUUCUACCGAGAUCUACGCGACGAGAGUGGCCGAGUGCAGUGCCUAUUUAUUGCGCCUAGAAGUGCGGUCCCUCUCUUCCGUACCGCCCCCGACGUUAUCGUCGCCGACUGUACCUACAAGACUAACCGCUUUGGCCUCCCUCUCCUUAACUUUUGUGGUAUCCAGGCCUUACGCAAGUCGUUCUCGAUCGCGGCUGUAUUCAUCAAUGCAGAGAAGGAGGAACAGUAUACGUGGGCGUUGCAGGCGCUGCGAGAGUUCUUGACCGAAGAGGACCUCCCUCUCCCAAAGCUGAUCGUCACCGACCGAGAGUUGGCCUUAAUCAACGCGCUUAAACGCCAUGAAGCCUUCACGUUGGUCCCUCGACUCCUCUGCAGGUGGCACGUUAAUAUGAACGUGCUAGCUAAAGGAGCGGUCAAUUACGCCGUGAAAACGUGGCUCGACCCAUACAAAGAGCUCCUCGUCGAUGCGUGGGUCAACAAAAUAUUGCACUUCGGCAACCGCACUACCUCGAUCGUUGAGUCACUGCACGCGGGCAUGAAGAGGUUUAUCAGCAGCGCCGGCGGCGAUCUAGCCACAGUCUUCCGGAAGCUGAAGGCAUAUUGGCGCAAUCAGGCAGCGGAUAUUGCCCUCGCACGCAACCAGGCGAUGAACAAGGUGCCGUUCGGGCUCAGCGACCUACUCUACGGCGACGUCAAAAGUGCAGUAGUGCCUCAUGCCCUACGCGCAUGCGAAAAAGAGGUCGCCGCUAUCGAGAAGCAGCCUCGUGCAGGCCGUUGGGAUCUAGGACCGCCGGAGCCUUGCACUUGCAGUAUCACGACCUCUCACGGCCUGCCCUGCCGCCACGCCCUUUUCCUCUGCCUCCGAAACUCCGAGCCGCUCAGCAUCGCCCAAUUUGAUCCGUAUUGGCGCUGGGACCGCACCGCGAUACCUUCACUCUCGGCAUCACCUUCACGCGCCCAGAGACCGCUUGAUCCCGCUGUCGUGCGAGGUAAAGGUCGCCCGCGCGGGUUGGUGGCCACAGACAAGUCCACCAAGCGACUGCCUAGCGCCCACGAGAUCACGGAGGCCGAGGAGCGACGAGAGGCACUGCCGCCGCCUUCCACGGCACCAGCGCGCCUGAACAAGCCGGCUGUACCGGCGGAUGAUCCCUACGAGGCCGGCACCGCGAUGCCAAGGCGGUCCGGGCAGUGGAUGGCUCGGCUCGAGUCUGUUGAUGAUCAGGAGGCCGAGUUUGAUCUGAUUCCUACUAAUUUCGAGGGUAAAUUCGAUGAAAAGGUGGCCGAGGCCGAGGCGACGGCUCGGCAGGCUACACAGGAUGCCCAGGAAUCGACGGCGUUCUGA